AUGGUAUAUGACUGGGACGCGCAUCAGCAGACAUGUUAUCGGCUGUAUAUCGACGAGGGCAGGUCCCUUGAGGACAUUAUGGACCAUAUGAAGACUGUUCACAAGUUCACACCGAGCAAGCGAGCAUUCCAGACGCAAUUCCGCCGUUGGAACUUUCCGCCAAAGCAACGGCCCGCGUAUAAGAAUGACCGUUUGGUAAGCCGCAUCAAGGAGCUCUGGGAAAGAAACUUGGCCCAGAGGGAAAUGCUGCGGAUUUUGAACGAGGAAGAUGGCUUUGACAUCAAGCCUAGGGAACUUGUCAGAGUACGAACUCGGAACCGGUGGCUAUUGAGAGUACCCAACGGCGACAAAGGCAAAGCCCCUUUUGGGGAUGACGGCGACCAGACAGAGGGAGAAGAGUUGCGCAGCUCGUCUGUACCCAUGACGGAUCGAAGCUCGCCCGCACCUCCUAGGAAUGUUUUGUCUGUCACUGGUUCUGAUACCCAGCAGGAUUCGGACCGUGACAGGCAUGCGUCUGCGAGGAGCUCAAGAAGGAAACGGCGGAGAGCAAGGCAAUCUGCCACUGGGAGUGAACCUGGCUCACUAAAUCGCUUUCCUUCGGAGAUGACGCUUGACGAGGCUCGAGACAUUCUGGACCUAGAUGUGUCCAUAUACCGUGCUCUGAGAACACAAUUUCAACAAAUAUGCCAAGAGGAGAAGAUUUCCAAGAAAACGACGGCUGGUGCUGAGAAAUGGGAAGCAGCCAAAGGCCAACUAGUUCGUCAAAUGCCCCAGGUCUAUAGCUUACUUUGGUCGAAUAAAGAGAACCCUGAGGACCGACAGCUUGCUCUAGAUGUCAUAUGUACGGAUGUUACCAAGCGAAUGCGAACUAUGGAAACGAGGAUGACUCUCGCAGAGGCGAAAAACGUUCUCGGUAUUAAUCCAGAAGAGUCGCGCGAUAUGCGGACGGCUUUUUACCAAGUGCUUGCUGAUUCUGGCUUUACAUGCAAAUCAGAUGCCACACCGCAACAGUGGGAAGACUUGAAGAGGAGGUGGGGAGAUAAGUCAGCAUUGGUAGAGCGGAUAAUGAUAAGUAUAAGGACAAACGGUGACGAAAAGCAGGAGCAGGCUCGUGCUUUAGAAGUCCUAGCUAAAGAUAUCAUGAAGAGGUUACGAGAUGAAAGGGGCCGCAAAGACAUGAGGAAGCAUCACCGCCAGCACUUGCCAAUCAGUUCAACCGGGUCGUCGCAGGCUGAACAAGCGUCAAAAACCUCCAAGACUGGACAUUCGCGUAGUUCUCCGUCAAACGACCCGGUGGAUCUGGCGGAGGGCAUGGCAAAUGCUAACUUUGAUACCAUGUCGGAAGUAUCCCACACUUCGCACAUGGCAUUUAGCCCUGCAAGCAGCAGUAUUGGCGGGCAUUUGCCGAUAUCCCUGCAAUCACAGACAUCUAAUCUUUCAGAUUCCCAAGAUGGAUUACCUCAGCCGUCCCGAGUGCUUGGGUCAUCGCCGAUGCCGCCAGGAAUAGGACUUGAACCACAGAUGAGCUCAUCGUUGCUGCUCGAGCCCAGCACUCAAGCCGCUUUCAUGAACCAAUCUUACGUACAGCCGCAAUUUGCACCGCCGGCUACGUCUGCACCGGUUUUUCCACAGGUGCAGCCUCCAUCUAUAGCAUGUGCUAUUUUUCUACGCCUUCACCCGUCAUCAUCAAGCUACAUUUCCAACUCAAAUCUCUGGAUAGCCACACUCACUUCGCACUCCGUACAGGAACUCCGACAAGUGGCUGUAGCUAAAUUCCCAGGGACGGCAUGCCUCCGCGUGGAAGGCGUGCUAAAGGAUGGCAAGGGCGGUGAAUUACCACUUCAGAUCGAACAGGAUCAAGAACUAAGCGCGUACUUGGCGCACUUGCAAGGCACGGCGCCAACGUUCAAUGUGCAGCUAGUGUGGGAGACAUCUUGA